AUGUGGCUAAUGAUGGUGUCUGAAAUUUUUCUGGGUUUAGAUUGGUUAGUAACUAACAAAGUAAAUGUCGAUAUGACUGAAAUGGUUUCGAAAUUCCCAGAUGGUACCACAAAACCCUUGUGUUUAUUUGAUUCAACCAUAGCAGAUCCCCUGGGCGUUGUUCUAGAUGAGGAUUUGGUUGUUCCGGUUUGGACAUCCCACUUUAACUAUGAAAGCAUCUUAGAGCCUAAUAUGAACUUAUCCGGGAAAGGUGUUCUUGUAGCAAGAGUUAUUGUACAGCCAAAAGAACAGAGGGUACCCAUCCAGAUUAUUAAUCCAGGGACAUCACCUAUUAAGUUGUACAAGGGCAUGACUGUAGGGCAACUUCAGCAAGUUGAUGAUGAGUUAAGAGACCCAACAGUUAUUAAUUCAAAGUGUGGUACACCAUCUGCUGAGCAUAAGAUCAAAUUUGAGUUAGAGCAUCUGUCGGGUGAGGAGCGAGAGAGGAUAUGAUGGAAAAUUUGUAGUGAAUAAACACCAAGAUGUUUUCGCGAAAACUUCUAGUGAACUUGGCGUAACCACACUAGCAGAGCAUAAGAUUGAGACAGGCGAUGCCGUACCUGUUAAACAGCUGCCUCGAAGACUGCCCAAUUCUCUGAAAACCGUUGUUGAAGACCAAGUAGAAGAAAUGUUAGAAAACAACAUAAUUAAGCCGAGUAAUUCACCAUGGUCAAGUCCUAUAGUCUUAGUUCGAAAGAAAGAUGGGACAUGGCGUUUUUGUAUCGAUUUCAGGAAACUAAAUGAUGUCACAGUGAAAGAUGCUUUCCCACUUCCCCAGGUUGCUGAUUUGAUGGAUAACUUAGCUGGUCAUCAGUAUUUUUCGACACUCGACCUAGCCUCGGGAUAUUGGCAGGUUCCAGUUGACGAAUCUAGUCAGGACAGCUUUCGUGAUUCCAGGGGGUGGUCACUUUGA